CAUGAGAGCACAUUGUUACAUAAUGUAAACAACAACAUUGCAGCCCGUCGCGAGCUCACAUUGGUGCGCGCCGCGCGGUGUCCCGGAUGGUGCUCGCACCGGAAGAGAAGGGGCAGCUCUCCCAGCCAUCUUGUGUGGCGGCAUCCAGCGAAUUGUUCGCAUCAAGCCUCGUAGAAUCGGAGGUGAAUCCCGCUGAAGGGGCGCCAUCAUGCCCGGACACCUGCAAGAAGGCUUCGGCUGCGUCGUGACCAACCGGUUCGACCAGUUAUUGGACGACGAGUCGGACCCGUUCGAGAUCCUGAAGGCGGCCGAGAACAAGAAGAAGGAGGGGGCCGCCGCUGGCUCCGCCAAGACCGCGGCGCAAGCCGCCAAGCAGCCGAGGAAGGAGUCGCAGAAGGACCGGAAGAACCCGCUGCUGGACAAGAAGGAGGAGAGCCAGCCGCCCGUCCCCCUGAAGAAAGAGGGAAUCAGGCGAGUGGGCCGGAGACCGGACCAGCAGCAGGGCCAGCCGGGCUCCCAGCACCCGGGCGGACAGGGCGAAGGGCGACCCGGAGACAAGAGGCCGGACCGGAGGCCUCCCCGGGAGCGCCGCUUCGAGAAGCCCGCCGAGGAGAAGCCCGAGGGAGGCGGAGGCGGAGAGUUCUCCGUUGACAAGCCAGCUGGAGACAGGCCCCCGAGAGGGCGUGGUGGUGGACGGGGCGGGCGUGGUGGAAGAGGACGGGGCAUGGGCCGAGGCGGCGACGGCUUUGACUCCCGCGGCAAACGAGACUUCGAGAGACACAGCAGCAGUGACAAAUCCAAUCAGAAAAACGAAGAGAAGCGCAGCGGCACUGGCCCACACAACUGGGGCAACGUGAAGGAGGAAGUGAGUGAGGCUGAACCGACUGCUGCCCCCGAGACGACCCCCGAGGGAGAGGAGAAUGCACCUGCUGACUCUGAGAACAAGCUCUCCAGGGAGAACGAGGUGGAAGAGGUGAAAAACGAAGGCCCCAAAGAAAUGACCCUGGACGAGUGGAAGGCCAUGCAGGACAAGGAGCGCACCAAGGUGGAGUUCAACAUCCGCAAGCCCAAUGAGGGAGCCGACAGCCAGUGGAAGAAGGGAUACGUGCUGCACAAGUCCAAGAGUGAAGAUAGGCCUGUCGGUGCUUUGAUUGACGUUCCAGAGGUUGAAGCAGAGUCUCCAACACUGUACAACAAGCCGGGCCCUGUUGACGAGUCCAGCGACCACCAUUUCCGCAAACCAGCCAACGACAUCACAUCUCAGCUGGAGAUCAACUUUGGAGACCUGGGCCGCCCGGGCCGCGGGCGCGGUGGAGCGCGCGGAGGCAGGGGAGGCCGCGGCGGGGGAGGCACCAGGACGACACGCGGGGGAGGACGGUCCGAAAAGGCCAGUGGAGUCUCAGUCCCCAACGUGGACGAUCCCGAGGCCUUCCCAGCCCUGGCCUAGACGCUCCUUUUCCACCACCAGCCCACCCGUCAGCCCUUCCGGGGGGCCCCUCCUCUACGAGGCUUGCAUGCUUACCACAUCUUCCAAGUAUAUAAGAAAACAGAGAAGAAAGAAAAAAGAUUUUAAAGACGAAAAAAAAGACUCAUCCCAUACAUCCACACCACCAGAGGACUAAAAAUGUUACCUGUUUUAAAGGAGAACAAAAAGACAAAAAAAAAGCGGAAAAAGGACCUCUUGUUACACUGAAGUUUUGUAUUUAGAAACAUGGAAGCAGGGAUGUUUUCAUACUUUAUUUUUUCUUUUUUUCCAGAGAUUAUGCAUACGUCAUUGAUAUUUUCUUUUGUGCUGCUUGAAUUUAUUCAUUUCUGCUAUUAGGUUGAAGUGUGUUUCUCUUCCCCCUGAAGCUUUUGUGCUUCCCCCUCGCCACCCCCCUCUCUUCAGCUCAGUAUUACAGGGUCAUCUUAAAAAAGACUUUCUACUGGAGUUUAUUUUUUUUCCAGUAACACACACUGAUGUGGUAGCAAUUCACUACAUAGGAAACUUGUACUAGAUAUCUGAAUUAUGGCUUAACAUGCUUUGAAAGUGGAAUUACUCUGUUCCUGACUACCCAUCCCCUUUGCAAGGCACAAAUCCAGGAUGGGUAAUCAGGUGAAGAGACUUCCUACUAAAGCUUGGUAUUUUUUCAGCUUGUUGUGCAGUGGAAGUAAAUGCCUUUUUCCUAUUUUAUUUAAAUUUUUUGAUAGCUUGCCUUUUUUGUGGACCAGUGGUUAGUAAUGCUUUGUAUCCCCUGAUCCAGAUGUGUGCUACCUGUGUUUUCAAGGUGUCCCGGGGCCCAAUGUAUAUCUUUAGGCUGGUCCUUUUAGGUCAUACAGACUGUACUACUUGUAACUUCAGGACCACUAAGCAAAUAUUGUAUUUUAUUGUUAAGGGUGGGUGUGUGUGUGUGUGUGUGUGUGUGUGUGUGUGUGUGUGUGUGUGUGUGUGUGUGUGUGUGUGUGUGUGUGUGUGUGUGUGUGUGUGUGUGUGUGUGUGUGUGUGUGUGUGUGUGUGUGUGUGUGUGUGUGUGUGUGUGUGUGUGUGUGUGUGUGUGUGUGUGUGUGUGUGCGCGCGCGCGCAGAAAAGUGUGAGGCUGAAUGUGAAUUUGACAGCUGUUAACUUAGAAUUUAAGUAUUCCUGCAUUGAACUUGCCGUUCUCAGACAGUCGACUGCAAGUUCUGGCCUGAAGUAGCUCAUACAGACUUCUGCGACGCGAUCGUCGAAAUCUUGACGAGAACGACAGAUAGGCCGAGCACAUAUCUAGCUCUUAGAGUACCUGUAAUAUCUUUCAGAUCUCCAAGCACUUGGGUUUUAUCAGCACCAGCCCUCCGAAGAUUGUUUUCUCCUUUUCCUCUCUGUGAACCAUAAUUGCUGGUUUUUAUUUUAUUCAUGUUUUGUUUUGAUCUUUUUUCUUUCUUUUUUUGUAUUUAUCAGUGCAGCAGCACCAAUGCAUAAUUUGUCUGAAAGAAAUGCCCGCUGUCAUUGUGGAACAAUCAAGAGCUACAGAAUGUAAUGUAAGGUAAUGUUGCUGUUAGCCCCCUGUGUCAGUAUUUCCAGUGAGCUUUCUUUUCUUAAAUGAAGUGGGUACAUUUCACAUUGGGGAGGGAGGGAGGGGCGGGUGUAUACUGAAGUUAUUGGGGGAAUGAAUUAAAGCUUUACAUGCUGUGCGCUGAGAAGACUUGCUGUUGAUGCACUGAUACAGACGGCUGGAGCAGUUUUUUCUUGUAGGACUGUUUGAGCCACAUGACGGUGAAACUUUUCUCUGCAAACAUCCCUGUUCUAAUAAAUUGCUUUAGAGGUGUUAAAUGUACUCUGCCAGUGGCUGCUGGGGUGUUUAAAAUCCAUACUGUGAUUUUAAAGGUGUAAACAAA